GUUGUUGACGAAUUCACUAUGUGAAACACAACCUUCUGCUGAGUUUGUUGGAGAAGCUGCAGGUUGGAAUUAUGGGAAGCGUAGUUGGAUGUUGCACAGUUAACGAGACUACAGAGAUAGACUGCAGGACCCAUCGGUGUUAGGACCGGCAGCAGAUUUGGAUGGACACGGAUUCGACCGCUUUCGUGUUCGUGCAGGAGGGGAUUUUCGCAGCAGAUGCUACAUCGCUGUCGGACCGGACGGACCCGCUCAGAACGGAUCAGACCUCCUGGUUCAAACCCGGAAGACCUUAGUUUUUGUUUAUUCCGUCGAUGUUCAACGCUGAGCUUCAGGUUCUGAGGGAACAUGUCGGAUAAAACGGCUCCCCGCUGCCAGCUGAGGCUGGAGUGGAUCCACGGAUACAGGGGUCAUCAGUGUCGAAACAACCUGUACUACACCGUGGGAAAAGAGGUGGUGUACUUCGUGGCCGGGGUGGGCGUGGUCUACAACACCCGAGAACACACCCAGAAGUUCUACCUGGGACACAACGAUGACAUCAUCAGUCUGGCAAUCCAUCCAGAUAAGAUCCAGGUGGCGACAGGUCAGGUGGGUAAGGACCCGUACAUCUGUAUCUGGGACACCUACGCCAUGCAGACCGUCUCCAUCCUGAGGGAUGUCCACACACAUGGAGUGGCCUGUCUCGCCUUCGACUCUGACGGACAGCGGCUGGCGUCGGUCGGUCUGGAUGCCAAGAACACGGUGUGUGUUUGGGAUUGGAGGAGAGGACGAGUCCUUGCCACAGCGACCGGACACUCAGACAGAAUCUUUGACGUGGCCUGGGAUCCGUUCCAGUCCAGCCGACUGGUCAGCUGUGGAGUCAAACACAUCAAGUUCUGGACUCUUUGUGGGAACGCUCUGACUCCGAAGCGAGGGAUUUUCGGGAAGACAGGCGACCUGCAGACCAUCCUGUGUGUUUCCGCAGCCAAAGACGAGCUGACGUACUCUGGAGCUCUGAACGGAGACGUUUACGUGUGGAGAGGAAUCACUCUGAUCAGGACCGUACAGGCUGCACACGGGGCAGGGAUCUUCAGCAUGCACGCUUGUGAGGAAGGAUUCGCCACCGGAGGACGGGACGGAUGCAUCAGACUGUGGGACAUCGACUUCAAACCCAUCACCAAGAUCGACCUGAGAGAGGCCGAGCAGGGAUACAAAGGUCUGUCGAUCCGCAGUGUUUGCUGGAAGGCUGACCGGAUCUUGGCAGGUACUCAGGACAGCGAGAUCUUUGAGGUCAUGGUACGAGACCGGGACAAACCGGUUUUGCUGAUGCAGGGUCACAGUGAGGGCGAGCUGUGGGCACUCGAUCUGCAUCCCAAACAGCCGGUUGCCGUCACCGGGAGUGAUGACCGUUCCGUCAGGCUGUGGAGUCUUCCUGACCACACUCUGCUGGCUCGCUGUAACAUGGAGGAAUCUGUUCGAAGUGUUUCUUUCAACAAUGACGGCUCUCAGCUUGCUCUUGGCAUGAAGGACGGAUCCUUCACUGUGCUUCGUGUCAGGGACAUGACGGAGGUUGUGCACAUCAAGGACAGGAAGGAGGUGAUCCAUGAGUUGAAGUUUUCUCCAGAUGGCUCCUUCCUGGCAGUAGGAUCAAACGACGGGCUGGUGGAUGUCUACGCUGUCGCCCAGCGCUACAAGAAGGUGGGCGAGUGUAGCCGCUCCACGUCCUUCAUCACCCACCUAGAUUGGUCAGUCGACAGCCGCUUCUUGCAGACCAAUGAUGGCACUGGAGAGCGGCUCUUCUACAGGAUGCCAGCAGGGAAGCUGGUUCCUAAAGAGGAGGCAAAGGGGAUCCACUGGAUGACAUGGACAGGUGUCAUUGGGGCUGAGGUGAAUGGCAUCUGGCCCAAAUACUCCAAUGUCACCAAUGUGAACUCUGUGGAUGCCAACUACAGCAGUGCCGUGCUGGUGACCGGAGACGAUCUUGGCCUUGUCAAACUCUUUAGGUUCCCCUGUCUGAAGAAAGGAGCCAAAUUCAAGAAGUACAUUGGUCACUCUGCCCAUGUGACCAAUGUUCGUUGGUCCAAUGACCUGCAGUGGGUCAUCAGCACUGGCGGCGCCGACCAUGCUGUCUUCCAGUGGAGGUUCCUACCUGAAGGCGUCAUGAAUGGCGUCUUGGAGCCCCUCCUCCAAGAGGGUUAUGCCGACUCCAACAGUGGAGAGUCGGACUCUGACGUGUCGGACGUCCCAGAACUCGACUCGGACAUUGAACAGGAAGCUCAGACUAGCUACGAACGUCAGGUGUAUAAGGAGGACCUGCCUCAGCUGAGGAAGAAGCUGAUUGGUUCUCUGAAGCGGCAGAAAGCUCCGGAGGAGGGGCUUCGUCUACAGUUUGUUCAUGGGUAUCGGGGGUUUGACUGUCGUAACAACCUGUUCUACAGUCAGGCGGGGGAGGUGGUGUACCACGUGGCUGCCGUCGCCAUCGUAUACAACCGACUGCAGCACAGUCAGAGGUUUUACCUCGGCCACGAUGAUGACAUCCUCUGCCUCAUCGUCCACCCGCUCAAGGACUAUGUGGCCUCCGCACAGGUCGGCAGAGACCCAGCCAUCCAUGUUUGGGACAUCCAGACGCUCAAGUGUCUGUCACUGCUGAAGGGACACCACAGCAGAGGAGUCUGUGCCCUGGAGUUCACAGCGGACGGGAAGAGUUUGGUUUCGGUGGGAAUCGACGAUUUUCACUCCAUUGUUAUCUGGGACUGGAAGAAAGGAGAGAGACUGGCCAAGACCAGGGGUCAUAAAGAUAAAAUCUUUGUGGUGAAGAGUAAUCCUUUCAGGAUGGACAAACUGGUGACUGUGGGGAUGAAACACGUCAAGUUCUGGCAACAUUCAGGUGGCGGUCUGACUUUUAAACGGGGGAUAUUUGGCAACCUGGGGAAACAGGAGACGAUGAUGUCGGCGUGUUACGGUCGAUCUGAGGACCUGGUUUUCUCCGGAGCCACAAACGGGGACGUUUACAUCUGGACGACGACACACAAGACCAUCAUCAGCCCACACGAUCCCAUGGCCCCCGUGUGCUCCCUGGACAAGGGUUUUGUGACGGGGGGGAAGGAUGGCAUCGUGGAGCUCUGGGACGACAUGUUUGAGAGAUGUUUGAAGACGUACGCCAUCAAAAGAGCCGCUCUGUCUCCGUCAUCUAAAGGUCUGCUGCUGGAGGACAACCCAUCCAUCAGAGCCAUCACUCUGGGUCACGGUCACAUCCUGCUGGGAACAAAGAAUGGAGAAAUCCUGGAGAUCGACAAGAGCGGGCCCAUGACACUGCUGGUUCAGGGUCACAUGGAAGGGGAGGUUUGGGGUUUGGCAGCUCACCCUCUACUUCCUGUUUGCGCCACCGUCAGUGAUGACAAAACUCUGAGGAUCUGGGAGCUGUCGGCCAAUCACCGCAUGGUCGCCGUCCGCAAACUCAAAAAAGGUGGACGGUGCUGUGCCUUCUCUCCUGACGGCAAAGCUCUGGCGGUUGGUCUGAAUGACGGCAGCUUCCUGGUGGUGAACGCUGACACUCUGGAGGACAUGGUGACCUUCCACCACCGCAGAGAGCUCAUCUCCGACAUCCGUUUCUCCCAAGAUGCUGGGAAGUACCUGGCUGUGGCGUCCCAUGAUUCCUUUGUGGACAUUUAUAAUGUCCUGACCAGUAAGAGAGUCGGCAUCUGUAAAGGAGCCGGCAGUUACAUCACUCACAUCGACUGGGACUCUAGAGGUAAACUGCUGCAGGUGAACACUGGAGCUAAAGAGCAGCUGUUCUUUGAGGCUCCGCGGGGACGCAAACAGAACAUCAGUGUGGCUGAGUUUGAGAAGCUGGACUGGGCGAGCUGGACGUCAGUUCUGGGUCCGACCUGUGAGGGAAUAUGGCCGACGCUCAGCUUUGUUAAUGCCGCCUCACUCACCAAAGAUCGCAAACUGCUCGCCACUGGAGACGACUUCGGCUUCCUGAAACUGUUCAGCUUCCCAUCCAGGGGCCAGUUUGCAAAGUUUAAGAAGUACGUGGGUCACAGCACCAACGUGACGAACGUUUGCUGGUCCAAUGAUGACUCCAUGCUGCUGUCGGUGGGCGGGGCUGAUACGGCGCUGAUGAUCUGGACCAGAGAGCUGCCGGGACACAAAGAGAGCAAAGCUGUGGACAGCGAGGAGUCGGACGACGACACCGAGGAGGACGGAGGUUACGACAGCGACGUGGCCCGGGAGAAGGUGGUGGACUACGUCACCAAGAUCUACUCUGCCAGCAUCAGGAACAUGUCGGGGACCAAACCUCACCUGCAGCACAAAGAGCUUCCUGUGGAGGAGAGGCCUCCAGUGAGUCGAGCUGCGCCGCUGCCGGACAAACUGCUGAGGAACAACGUGACCAAGAAGAAGAAGGUGGUGGAGGACCUGAUGUUGGAGCACGUCUUCGGUUACAGAGGCUUCGACUGUCGCAACAACCUGCAUUACCUCAAUGACGGAGCUGACAUCAUCUUCCACACCGCUGCCGCCGUGGUGAUCCAGAACCUGUCCGCCGGAACUCAGAGUUUCUACCUGGAACACACCGACGACAUCCUCUGCCUGACCGUCAACCAACAUCCAAAAUACCAAAACAUCAUCGCUACCGGACAGAUCGGCCUCGCCCCAUCCAUCCAUGUGUGGGAUGCCAUGACAAAGCAGACGCUGUCCAUCCUCCGCUGUUCCCAUGCAAAAGGUGUCGGCUAUGUGAACUUCAGCGCUACAGGAAAGCUGCUGCUAUCUGUAGGAGUGGAACCUGAACACACCAUCACAGUGUGGAGGUGGCAGGAAGGCACCAAGGUGACCAGUAAAGGUGGCCAUGCUGAGCGGAUCUUUGUGGUGGAGUUCAGACCGGACUCUGACACCCAGUUUGUGUCGGUGGGAAUCAAACACAUCAAGUUCUGGACUCUGGUUGGAGGUUCGCUCAUGUACAAGAAAGGUGUGAUCGGCUCGGUGGAGGACGGCCGAAUGCAGACCAUGCUGUCUGUGGCCUUUGGUGCUAACAACCUGACGUUCACUGGUGCUAUAAAUGGAGAUGUAUAUGUGUGGAGGGAGCACUUCCUGGUGCGGGUGGUAGCGAAGGCGCACAGCGGUCCGGUCUUCACCAUGUACACCACUCUUAGGGAUGGACUCAUCGUCACAGGGGGGAAGGAACGACCGACUAAAGAGGGUGGCGCCGUGAAGCUUUGGGACCAGGAGAUGAAACGCUGCCGAGCAUUUCAGCUGGAGACCGGCCAGCCAGUGGAAAACGUCCGGUCUGUCUGCAGAGGGAAGGGUAAAAUCCUGGUGGGGACUAAAGAUGGAGAGAUCAUAGAGGUUGGAGAAAAGAACGCUGCCUCCAACACCAUGAUCAACGGACACACUCAGGGAGGGAUCUGGGGUUUGGCAACUCACCCUUUCAAAGAUGUUUUCAUCUCCGCCAGUGAUGACGGGACCAUCCGAAUAUGGGACCUGGCAGAUAAGAAACUCCUGAACAAGGUGAGUUUGGGUCAUCCUGCCAAGUGCACCUCCUACAGCCCCAACGGAGAGAUGGUUUCCAUCGGCAUGGAAAACGGAGAGUUCAUCGUCCUGCUGGUUAACUCCCUCACCGUCUGGGGCAAGAAGAGAGACCGCAGCGUUGCCAUCCAGGACAUAAGGUUCAGUCCAGACAAUCGGUUCUUGGCAGUGGGUUCAGUUGAAAGUGCUGUGGAUUUUUACGACCUCUCUCUUGGACCAUCCCUCAACCGGAUUGGUUACUGUAAGGACAUCCCUGGCUUCGUCAUCCAGAUCGACUUCUCUGCUGACAGCAAACACAUUCAGGUAUCUACCAGCACCUACACACGGCAGGUACAUGAAGUUCCCUCUGGGAAGAUCGUAACAGAGCCGCCCAUCAUUGAGAGGAUCACCUGGGCUACCUGGACCAGCAUCCUGGGUGACGAGGUUCUCGGUGUUUGGCCUCGUAACGCUGAGAAGGCGGACGUUAACUGCGCUUGUGUUUCCCGUGCCGGCGUCAACCUGGUGACAGGAGACGACUUCGGCCUCAUCAAGCUGUUUGAUUUCCCCUGCUCCGAAAAAUUUGCGAAGCACAAGCGUUACUUUGGUCACUCUGCUCACGUGACCAACAUUCGCUUCUCCUGUGAUGAUAAAUAUGUCAUCAGUGCCGGUGGCAGUGACUGCAGUUUAUUUGUGUGGAAAUGUCAGUGAGCUCCCCUGAAUCCCCCACUAGAGUCUCGUCUUCUUCUUCUCCUGUGAUGCUGCACUCACCUGACGCUUCGGUCCCUUUACCUGAAAUCUCGAAGGGCAAGAAGUCUGAAAGCAAACUGCGUGUGAGCGUUCAAAUCUGCAGACUCUCACUGAACGAACUGAACUGACCUGGGUUCAGAGUUUACUGCUGCUGCGGGAUCAAACCUGUGACGUUUCUGUCGGGAGACACUCUGUUCCCCCGCCGGCUGGUUCUGUCUUUUAUUGUGACGUAGUUCCUCUCGUACGUUCAGAUGCUUUUAAUGUGAAACUGAAGAGAAAUCGUUUGUAUUUCAGGUUUCUGUGUUCAAAUAUUUGUUGUAAAAUUUCUCGAAAAAGAUCCAAACACGUGAGAAAAGUGCAUUUUUCCGUUUUACCUCUUUAAGGGACUCGUAGCUGUUUCAUGUAGCCGUGUUUUUGUUUGUCAGUAUGUGCCUUUUUCACAAACUCUGACCAAACAUUUGAUACAACUUUAUUUAUAAUCGUGGUGCUAUGACGUGAUCAUUUAGGGCUUUUACAGAUAUGGAUGAUAAAUACUGUCAUUGUAUUGUUUGUUUUUGUAUCUCAUACUGUCUGAUGAUGAUCAUGAUGCAGUUAUAUUUCACUGCAGUGAGCACUAAAGUGAAGUAGAAAACUAUAGAGGAAAGAUGGAUCUUUGUUUGAUCCCACUUAUUAAAAAUGGAGGUGUGAAAACAGAAAAUAGUUUCAGUAAAACUUGUUUAAGAGAAGCAAAAGAAUUCUACCUCAAAAUACAAAAACAAGAAAAUAAGUAAAAUUAAAUAAUAUUUAAGGUAGAAAAUAGAUAUUUAUUAGAAUUCAAAUUUAUGUGAGCAGAACGUGACAGAGCGUGGACAAUUUUUAUAUCUUUUUCUGUCCACAUGAUGACGCUGUGUUUUCUCUCUGUAUUUGUCUGCUGUA